CCCAUGACGUAAACGCAAACCAUUACGGAAGUAAACUAGGCGACGAAACAGGGACAGAAACCCUUAUUAGUUGCGUGUCUUGUCUUGCCUAACAGUUACAGACUUUCAGAUACACCGUCGUCAUGUUGGGAGGAGGCUUCAAAGGAGAAAGGCUAAGAGUUAACCUGCGGCUGGUCAUAAACCGACUUAAACUCCUAGAGAAGAAGAAAACUGAGCUCGCCCAAAAGGCAAGGAAGGAGAUUGCAGAUUACCUGUCCUCUGGCAAGGAUGAGCGGGCCCGGAUUCGUGUUGAACACAUCAUCAGAGAGGACUACCUGGUUGAAGCCAUGGAGAUCCUUGAGCUGUACUGUGACUUGUUGCUCACUCGUUUCGGCCUCAUCCAGUCCAUGAAGGAGCUGGAUCCAGGCUUGCAAGAGGCAGUGUCCACUCUCAUCUGGGCAGCGCCUCGCCUCCAGUCAGAGGUGUCUGAACUGAAGAUUGUUUCUGAACAACUAUGUGCAAAAUACAGCAAGGAAUAUGGCAAGCUGUGCAGAACAAACCAGAUUGGCACUGUCAACGACAGGCUGAUGCACAAACUGAGCGUGGAGGCUCCUCCCAAGAUUCUAGUGGAGCGCUAUCUGAUAGAGAUAGCGAAGAACUACAAUGUGCCAUAUGAGCCUGACGCUAUGGUCCGGCCUGAAGUGUGUACUGGAGAGGAGGCAGAUCUAAUUGAUGUGGAUACAGACAGGAAGAAUGGAGGUGGAGGCAGUGGAGGCGGUUUCUCUGCUCCUCCUGCUACAGCUAUGCCCAUGCCCAUGCCCAUGCCCAUGCCUAUGCCAACAGCUUUUAACUACCCACCUCCAAAAGGAGCGGAACCUUUUAACCCCUCGGUUGGAACCUACAACAGCUUCCCAGUAGCAGGAGGGCAGCCCCCUCAGCUGCCUUCUUCUCCCCCCACAUACGAGUCCAUCGAUGACUUCAAUGACAAAGGUUCUGUUCCUUCUCAGGCUCUAGGUCCUACUCCUGCACCUCGUCACUCGUUUGACCACAACAACCUACCAGAACUUCCCUCCGUUCCCGACACGCUCCCCACCUCCUCCCUGGGUGGACCCACCACCAACUCGGACGACAUCGACUUUGACGAUUUGACGCGGCGGUUCGAGGAGCUGAAAAAGAAGACCUAAUCU